ACAUGACCUGUUGUUUCCACAUCGAGCAGCGGCGAGGAGGUAGCUGAACACAGGGGUCCUAUUAACCUGCAACAUCUCAACACAAGUCUCCUAUUUACCACAAAAUCUGGUGGAUAUCAUGACGUUAUUGAACGGAGAGGAAACAUGAUAGCCAUUUGUAAUCCAAGCUGUUAACCGUGUCAUCCCGCUUAUAAUUGUAUCGUUAUAUCGAAAACAAAGCGACUUAUUGGAUGUUCUUCAAGAAGCCUCCUCGUACUAAGUUUUCGUCAAAACGAUGAAUGCCCUGGUGGCUCUCUGUCACUUCUGUGAACUCCACGGACCUCGCACGCUGUUUUGCACCGAGGCUCUGCACCCUCCUUCGCCGUCUCCCUCCCAGGCAGGUGCAGCCGUACCUGGCGACAGGGACCGCGAUGGAGACCGCGAGGGAGAAGGACUUACGAUGAGGGCUAACAGCUCAGCGUCACAGAGAGGAGAGAUGUGCGAGGGCUGCCGGUCUCUGCCAGCGUCUCACCCGGGCUUUGUGAGCAUCGACGACGAGACAGGCAUCCGCUUCCUGAGUCACCAGCACCCCCGACAGUCCCAGCUGUUCAGCGUGGUGCGGCAAGCCUGCGUCCGCAGCCUCAGCUGUGAGGUGUGUCCGGGCCGCGAGGGCCCAAUCUUCUUCGGGGAUGAGCAGCAUGGGUUUGUGUUCUCGCACACGUUCUUCAUCAAGGACAGCCUGGCCAGGGGCUUCCAGCGCUGGUACAGCAUCGUGAUGGUGGCCAUGGACCGCAUCUACCUCAUCAACUCCUGGCCCUUCCUGCUGCGCCACCUCAGGCUGACCAUACAGAGUCUGCAGAGCACGGCGCUCAAGGUGUUUGAUAAUGAGCAGGGAGUGUGUCCUCAGCGGGCGGUCAGGAUGAACAGUGUGUUCUCCCCUGCAGUCUACCCCCACCAGAGGAGUGGCAGUGCGGCCCGCUCCCUCACCUCCCUCACCCAGCACCCCAACCUCUGGGCCAGCCUGCACUCCUCCUUCAGUUGGCUUCUGAAGGCCUGUGGGAGCCGGCUGACGGAGAAAUUGCUGGAGGGGGCCCCCACAGAGGACACAUUGGUCCUCAAAGAGAGGCAGACCGAACAAGAGGAGGAAAUCAGCUGCUGGGAGGGGGGUGAGGGGGUCUCUUCCAGACUACAGCUAAACCGACUGGAGCGUGAGCUGGGGGACUUCCCGUGUGAUAAAGGACAAGGCGUGGAGUUUCCAGGUCCACAUUUCCGAUCCCUGAGGCAUUUGAGACUGGUGCUGGGUGCACCUGAGUUCCGUCAGCUGGUGUGGCACGUCCUCAUGGGGAACCAGGUCAUAUGGAGAGGAGCCGACCCCGGGCUCAUCCAGUCGGCCUUCACGGUGCUGAAGGCCCUGCUUCCAGUGGGCUGCGUGCGCUUGAUACCAUACAGUGCUCAGUACGAGGAGGCCUACAGAUGCAACUUCCUGGGCCUCAGCCCAGAUGUGACCAUCCCUGCCCAUGUGAGCUCUUCAGAGUUUUCUGUGUUGGUAGACGUUGCCAACACAGAGAAAAGCUGCCAGUACUCUGCUGUCAGUGAAGAUGACAUCGCCUCCAUGUACCAGUUCAUCAACAGCAGCGCCAACGUACAGCCCACGGACAAAGGUCCCACGUUACUGAAUAAGCUGGAGGUGGCCCUUUCCAACGAGAACCUGUCCGUAGAGGUGGUGUCUCACUGCCUGCUGUGUCUGAAGGAGGAGUGGAUGAAUAAGGUCAAAGUGCUCUUUAAGUUCUCCAAGGUGGACGGGCGGGGCAGGGAGGACACCCAGAAGGUGCUGGCCGUGCUGGGGGCUACUGGGCCCGGGGAGGACGACAACGUCAGGCUGCUCAAGUUCUGGAUGACUGGCCUCAGCAAGACCUACAAGAGCCACUUGAUGACAGCUGUGAGGGGGGUGGAGCGGAGCCCCAGCCAAUGACGGUCAGGAAGAGUUGGUGGCGGUUAGUGGGAAUAAUAUAUCGGGAGAGCUAUUGGCAAAAAAGAGGAACUUGACUUAACUUGAUGGUAAAAGUAGUUCCUUAGAAGGAUGGAAAGGGAAGAUGAAAUGAGGAAAUAGGACAAAUUGAGUGCAAUAUGAAUGAAGACAUAUUUUUAACUAAUCGAUUAUGUUAAUUUGUUAAGACUGGGUUGUCUACUAUAUGUGCUUCUCCUGUUUGUUUUUUGUUUUUUUUCAUUCUGUCCGGAGAGAUGUGUUCAGGGAUGUGUUUGGGAUUUUUAAUGUCAGCAAAUUCUAUCUUUAUGCAUUUUUACAUGUGCGUUUAUGUAAAAUAUAUAUAUAUAUAUGACAUGUAUAUGUAUAUAACAUAUUUCAUUUGUUAUUAGAAAUGGGGGUUGGUAUUUGAAAUCCAUUGAAAGACAUUUCUUAAAAAUAAAACUAUUUUUAGGGUCCAUCUAGUGACGUCUUGUGCUCCAUCUUGUGGUGAACUCUCACAGAAGGACACUCAAAGUAGUGAACGAGAGACAGUUACCAAAUUGCCACCCACUCAAAUAUUUUACAACGAAUUGGGCCAAGAAAACCUCUAGUGGUGUAAGAGAACACUUGUAGAUUGUCUGGCAUCCAAACGAUUGCACAACAAGACCUUAGCCCAAAGUGUUGCAGUGCGUGAGCCGGGCCGGACUCAUAGUGGUCCACUAACCAGCCGCAUACUGCUUUUGUCUGCAUCCUUUAGUUCUGCUGAAGUUUGCAGAGGGAAGACAAUAAAAUGUAAACACAUAUGGUUUGGAUUAUAUUCGGAACCUAAACCUUUUUUUAUUACGACCAUAGCUGACUAUGAAUGAAUAGAAUUGUAAUUGCAUUUAUGAUGUCAUUAUAGUUAAGUAUUGCCUCUAUUUUACUAAACUGUGGACACAUACAAUAUUAUAUAUGUUUUUGCUUGCAUUGCUCUUUACAAAUUAAACAUAUAUUUAUAUAUA